CUGAACUAAGCCUGAUAGUCAGCUGCAAACUCGCUGCCACUAUGUACCAUCCGCAGACAACCCCGUAUCCUCCCAAUGAUACAACGCCUGUCCACACCCCAGCGCGUGUUCCCACUCCCCCUCCCCCUCCCUAUCCUCCAUGUGUCGGAUCAGGGAGCGGGGAGUGUUACACUUGUGGCGAAUACGGAUAUUUUGCACGUGAUUGUCCGAAUAAGAAUAAUGGGAGGCAGUGGCAAAGCCAGGGACGAGACAACUAUGGCCCGAGAGGUUACGGGCAGGGAGUUAACUACCAGCCGAGAGUGAAUGCUGGAGAUGACAGGAUGGAUAAGCUAUUGUUGUUCGUCGACAACCAAAGACAAGAGGCAGACGAGAGGAAGAAAGCUGAACAAGAGAGGAAGUUGCUUGAAGAAGAGAAACAGAGAGUGGAGGAAGCAAAACAAAGGGAGGAGGCGGAAAGACGGCGUACACUAGCUAUCAUUGAAGCAACGGCAGCACAAGCGUUCAACAACCAGCUGACUGCUCUGGAAGAAAAGAUCAGAGACCAUGUGAAAGCAACGUUGACUGUUUCUGAGGAGAAAAAUGCAAGAUUACAUGACAGUUUGCAACGGUUUCUAGAGCGUGCCGACCCCAACGAACCAAGGACGGUUGGAGCUGGGCUGUUCCCAUAUCCGAAGAGGAGGCUCAACUUAGACGGAUAUGCGCGGGAGAUCAGAGCGAAGGUACUUAACCUUGCAGGGCUUUCAGAGGACGCUUUGUCCAUAGGAGAGAGAAAGGUGAAGUUGGUUUCGGCAGGAGGUGAGGUAUCGGGUGAGAAAUGGUCCAUUAUCCGGAGGCUGUUUGGAACAUCAACUGUCGUAACGGUCGAGGGGAAGUUUUCCCUCGUGAGAUCGAAACAGCAUCUUGAGAAGGGAGGUACCUUCGGUAUAGCACCCAUUGUGAAGACAGAGAGUGCAAGAUGCCGUGGUAAAGGCUACCUCCGGCUCCUCUUGGAGUUACCUAGGAAGCAAGCGGAGUUGAAGUACUUUGAUGUUACCAAGUUUGUCUACCUGUACAGGUGUGCCAGAGAAUUCAAGACGAAAAUUACAAGGAGAACCUUGAAAGAGAAGAUUGCUGCAGUGAUAAAGAAGAAGACAGGUGUGAAUGUUAGACUGAAAGUGAACGUGGGGGUCAAAUACAAUCAUCAACUGCGGAAGAGGAAAAUCCGUGACACGGUAGUCUUAUGCGUGGAAAAGUGUAAGAUUCACCCGGUUUUGAAGAGUGUGCUCCGACACAGGGUGAGAGUUGUCUGGAAGAAGAACAAGACAGUUGAACAAGUUUUGGCUAACCAUCGAGAGGUGGCUAAAGCUACCAGUGUCCUCUGCAAUUGCAGUAACGAUAAGCUGCCAAGAGAAGAUGGACAUGUGUUAGCUCGUAUCUCGCAAUGUCCGGGAGUUCCCCCAACUUUACAUAAUGGUAAGAAUAUCUUGCAAGGAGGCAAGGUUAAUGCCGGAGCGGAGUUGCAACAGGUUGUCGAAUGCUCGCUUAUGGCAGUUAUGGAACCCGGGUUGGUGCAGAUGUCCAACCGUAGUUGCUUUGAGUCUUGUACCUUCAACCGUGUUGGGACGGUGCAAGCGAGCUCUGAAGUGCAAGCUAACAAGCUGGCAGCGACGAUGAAUCACUUAGUGGUAGUACCUGUCGAUAGGAACCCUGGUGAUUUGGUGGUUAUGUGUCCCUCGACAUACCAUUUUGGCCUACAGAUGAUGUUUAGCUUGAAUGCAACCGACCAGCAGAACCUAGAUAAGUCUGAGACAGAAGUGCUAGCAGAGCUGAGAGCAGAAUACAAGAGACAAGGACUUGACGAGAUUGGAGCCUGGAACCCUGCAGCCAAGCUUGGACAAGCUUUUGUCCUAGCUAAAAAUAAAGACCUGACGAGAUGGAGGCCAAUAGCAUCAGCGUGCACUGAGGGAUCAAGAACAACAGGGAGGAGAUUGGCACAUGCACUGAAUUACCUGCUGGAGAGAGCCCCACGGACGAGACAUUUCAACCUCAAAGCUACAGCGAUGCUGAAGCAGAACCUCGAUGAUGCAGGAUGGAAGAUCAGUGUUUUGGGGGACAGAUCGAUGGUCCUCGUAGCGAGUUAUGAUAUCAAGGAGAUGUUUACGUCGUUGCCGCAUAGACCAAUCGCCCAAGUAGUUCAUUGGUUGCUGCAAUUGUGGGAGAAAGCAGGGGUUCACAAGUUGAGUCUUAGCAGAAGGGGUCGGGUCGUGGUACUCAAUCGGAAAAGCUUAAGUCCAGGUUAUGUUGAGCUGAAAUUUUCCUUGAUCGCGAAAAUGGUCGGGUUGGAGUUGAGUCACACUUACAUCAGUUGCAGGGCAGUGAUUCUCAAGCAGUUAGUGGGCAUCCCGAUGGGGAAGAAUUCAAGUCUUGCACUGGCCUGCUUGCUGUGUGCAAAAUAUGAAGUAGACUUUCUCAGCUCCCUGGGUGGUGACCAACGGUUGGUACAUGGGGUCAGAUUAGUGGAUGAUGUCAUGCUGGUUGUAGCAUGUGACAUGCACAACCCAGUGAGCAUUGCUAAGGCGAAAGGUAUACGCAAGAGGUUUGAGAGGGCUUACGGGGAACAGCUUACGCUGGUACAAACAGAUGAUGAUUCCAACUCCUGGGAUUUCCUGGGAACCAGGGCUAUGGCGCUCCCAUGACCCAUUACUUUUAUGAUUCGUCCGGUACACAAGAAUGAAGGAGUAACCGAUGA